GGGUAAUAUACAAAAUGAAAUUAAUAAUGAAAUCAUUUUGCCUUAACACAUGUACAGUUCACACACAGAUAGAGAACUGUACUGCAAAUAUUAUUAAUAAUACAAUGCAAUAAUAAGCCGCAAUUGCAAUCAAUCUAUGUAAGUGAGCAUAUAAAAACUCAUGAAACAAAUUUAUGGAUGCUGCACAUCAUCUAUAUAUUGCAUUACGGAACAGAUACUGACAUUAGAGACUGAUUUAGUACACUUUCACAACAAGGUUAUUGUAAACAAAUUGUUACUUAAUUCAAAAAACAUCGUUUGAAAUGACUCAGUAAAUAAAAUUAACAAUCUAAUUAUUCAUUCAUUUAUUCAAGUAAAAAAAAUGCAGCAAUUUAAAUCAACUAUUUCCAUGACGUAAUGGCUAUAAAGCUCGGCAGGAAAAUGCGUAUCAAGUGGAGUGAUGUCGGAUUAGGAUUCUUGGUUGUGUACAUUAGUGGUAUCAUCCUCAUGUAUGUGCUUUACCGUACAUCUCAACAACAUGUAGAAAAUGUCUCCCACUGGCGCAGCAAGAAUGCUAAAAUGGAUCUUAAUCCAGUGGAGAACACUGAAGAUUCUGAAGAACAAUUUAUCGACCAAUCCGAUUACAAGGCAGGGUUGAAUAACUUUGAAUUUAUAAAGCUGGAUCAUCGAACUUAUUUUCUAACAGGAUAUUUGGACACUCGACAAGAUGUUCAUUAUGUUCGUGUAUUAACAAUUUUAAAAACAACCCAGCAUAUUCAUCAACCAGAUGACCGCCAUCCCAUAUAUUGUUACAUUAAUAUGGCCAAUGGGAAAGUUAUUCGCAUGAAUUCAACUGUUUAUGAAUUUAGUGAAAAUCACUCAAAUAUAUUUGGUGGAUUUUUUCUAUCAUGUAAAAUACCUAAGUGGUCUUAUAAUCUCAUUGCUAAAGCAACUGAGGUACACAUGUCCAAAAGUAAAGACUUUGAGAAAGAUUUGGCUGUUGCAGUGCCAUUAGAACAUUUUCACGAUGGGCCCGCACGGCAUGAAUUUGGAGUUUGUGUGCCACCUAUUUUCAAUAUAUGGGAUAAAAUCACCAGACAGAAACUCGUUGAAUUUUUAGAGAUGACAACAAUUCUAGGAGCUGACCAUUUCUACAUGUACAUCUUUAGGGGCGAAGAAACCGAUAGGAUCAUUAACGAGGACUUACAAUGUGUUUUAGAGUCAUAUGAAGAAGCUGAAAAGUUGACACUGUAUGACUGGAAUGUCCCUGUGAGUAAGGAAGAUAUCCACUACUAUGGUCAGCUCCUCUCGAUUCAGCAUUGUCUAUAUAGCAAUAUGUUUAAGAGUAAAUAUUUGGCAUUUAAUGAUCUUGAUGAAUUCAUUGUGCCAAAAACUGAACUCACAUGGAAUAAAAUGGUAUCCUCAAUAGCCAUAGAAGACAAUAAGCCCCCAGCUGGGUAUGUAUUCAAAUCUGCAAUAUUUCCACCAUCUAUAAGUAGGCCAAAGGGCAUAAAACCUUUAAUUACAAUGUCCAGUAUUGGCCGAACUAAAAUCAACCCAUUUAGGACAAAAUGUAUUGUGAAGCCAGAGAGGGUAUAUGAGAUGGGAAUCCACCAUGUGGCCAAGGUCCAAGAGGAGUGUAUGAUAGUAAAUGUACCUGAGGAAACAUGUUUGGUACACCACUUCAGAAACUGCCAACAAGAUGAGCAUGAAGAUUGUUCAACCAUACAGCCAGAUGACUCUAUGUCUAUACACAAAACAAAAUUAGAACCCAAAUAUGCAAUUGCGUAUCUAAAAGCAGUAAAAUAUUGUAAUGCUGUAUAUAAUGACGAUGGCAAGGAUACAGUAGAAUAAAUGAAACACUUGUACAUGUACUUAUAUAUAUAUAUUCAUGUCAUAUAUUUCAUUAUUUCAAUUUUCUGUUCAUAUCAACUGAAUUUUAUUACAUAGACAUAGCUGUAUACAGAAAUAUAACUAUAAGUUAUAUUUGAUUGUAUCAAUUUUAUCACACAGAUAAAAUGUGGAAAUCGACGGGAAACAUAAUAAAAAUAUGAUGAAAGAAUACAAAUGUAUUGUAUGAUAUACAUGUACACAUGUUUACUUUUUAAUUUUACCAAUUGUAUUAGCAUUACAAUAAUAAUGUAUGAGAAACACAUAGAAAACAAAGCAAUUCACAUAAACAAAAAUUAACAAAAGGAUUGACAUAUCAUAUCAAUAAUUUACGAGUAUGUGGGAAAUUAAAGCAGCUGAAUAAUCAAGAUUUAAUAUCAAAUGUAAAUUUGUAAUUUCAUAUUCAAAUUGCCAGCUAGAAAUCGUAUAUGUUGUUCGUGUUAUCUGUCUUAAUUGCAUUACAUGUGAAUUUCAUUUCCAAUUACAUGUUACAAUUUAUGUUUCAAUAUUUGAGGGGUUCAAUAUUUCAGUAUUGUAAGCCUAGUGAAUUUCAUGUGACUAAAUUUUGCAAUUAUGAAAAUUAUAUGAAGACAUUUCCAUGGGUUAUAUACAUUUUUGUUCAUGUCACACUUAAUUGUAGGCUGUAAACCUAUUGUUUACAGUUUGAAAAACUGUGUGCAACAGCAUUUUAAUAUUGCCUAACAAAUCUGAAUUUAUAAGUGGGUAAGGUAGCUUGAUCCAUUUAUUUGAAUGUUAUUUGUUUUUGUGAAUACUUAAUAACAUGUAUGUGCAUCAAGUACUAAGCUAUUUAUUAUUAUUAGUGAAUGUUGAAUUCUACAUAUUCAAUUUUUAAUUUUGCCAAAAUGUCAUAAACACAAUAUUUUCUAGAUUUACAGUACCGUAUACAAUUAUAAAAUGUAUAAAAACCUAUACAUGCAUACACUGUAUGGAUAUACAUUUUAUCAUUUCAAUAUGACAAGAUAAUAUACAAUUUCAGUAAAGUCUUUCUUCGACUCCUUGUUACAGAUAAGCCUUUUGCAGAUCAAAGUAUAAGGCAUUUGUAAUCACUAAUAAUACAUAUAUGGUAUAGCAUGCAUGUAUACUAAAAUAUAGCAUACCUGUUGCAUUGACUCUUAUUCCAUUGUUUCAAUUGGAGAGAGCUCUCCAUCCACUAUCCCAAAUUAAAAUACAUGUACUUUGGUUGUAAUAUGCGAAGAAUUACAAAGAACGAUUCUCGGUUUGGAGAACGAAGUUCAUCAAUCUAAAUGACCAUUAUCCCUGCUUCGGACAAAUUUGAUUUUUUUAGAUAAUAUAGAUUUGAAUGUCUUCUUUUGAAUAGUCAUAAUUUAAUUUGGGUAAUAUUUCUAGAUUUUUCGCAAAAAGAUAUUAGCGCAGUACACUGAUGAACUUCUUUCCCCAAAUCGAGACUUGUAUUUUAUUGAAUCGGUCUGAUUGAGCGUUACCCCUGCUUCAGACCAAUUUGUUAUUUUUACAUCUUGUAGAUUUAAAUGUCCUCUUUUGAAUAUUCAUAGUUUAAUUUGGGUAAUAUUUCUAUAUUUUUCAUGAAAAAAAUUAUUAGCCCAGGAGACUGUUCUCCAAACCGAGAAUCGUCCUUUGCUGAUUUCAAUCACUAUUUUCACUAAUAGUAUUUUCCGUAUUUGAAAGUCUAAUAUUGCAUCAAGUCCAUUGCAUCCAUUGAUUCCACAUUCAGAAGGUCAGUUAGUAUAUAAACAUGUAACUUAUACUACAAGAGUUAGUAUCUUAUCUAUCAUCACCUGCGCAGGUCUGCCAUUGUUACACUGGCUGUUGGGUCGAGAGUUACAUGACAACAAUCCUGUAAGAAAGUAAAAUUGUAACUAGUGUACAGGGUGUCAAAAAACAACGGCACCCCCCUCUACAGCAAAAAGUACUUAAUAUUACAUGGUGUGUCAUAUGUCAUUUUAAAGACAAUUUAAUUCUGGAGUUACCUGAGAAAUGUCAGCUUUAUAUCAUGUAAUUUUACAGAUUUACAGCUGAAUCUUAGUAGUUGGUAUGACUGCCAGUUGCUGCUCAAACAGCAGCUUAUCUGGACGGAUAUGAUUUCAAUGAAAAUUCAGAUAAAGGUGUAGCAUUGCAUAAUCCUCUAAGCACUUU